AUGGAUCAUGGCCUGCUUCCCGUCGAGGAGGCCAGUUCGAGCAACGAAAGAUUAAUUGACCAAAACGUUGUCAUUCUCGGUGACGAUUCGAGUACAGUCGACGGACGUAAUCCCUUCUCUUCAGCAUAUCGCUCAUUUGUCAAUGCCCCUGAAGACACUGGCCUGCUACCUUAUGGACGGGCCAUGCCCACCUGGGGUCAGGAAACAUUUUCUCCACAAAAUGCUAUAUCAGCAAGCCAUACUUCAUCUACUAGAACACGACCCCAGCCCCAUCCCUCAAAACACACAAACGAAGCGAAACCGUCAAGACAUAGUUUUGACUGGGCUUUACUGGGCAGAGAGACGAAACAGCGACAGCAACAUCGACGCAGCAUAUCGACGCAGCCCGUGGUUUCUGAGGUCCACCUAGAUGCCCAAGCAGACGGAACAUAUCUCUUGGAUACAUCAUGGGAGUCCUACCAUAGGGAAACUUCGGGGCCUACUGAAGGUUAUUCAAUGGACUUCCCUGUGAACGAAUCUCUUCUUCGAAUCCGAGCUGAAAGAUUAUCCUUCCUGGCUGAUCUUCAAGGAUGGCUGUCCUGGUUCACAAAUAUAGGUCACCGUCUAGAUCAAGAUAAUGACUCUUCUUGUCAGACUGCUGAAAUGAGACUGCGCGAGGUUCUACAACGUCAGGGAAAUUACGUUUCUUCCGGCAUUAUGUCGGCUGACAUUUCCUAGGAUUGUUGUACCUUUUUUUAUGAUCCAAAUAUUUUCCCUUGGUGUUUCUAUCGACGUGACGGACUGGAGUUAUUCAUUUUUCACUAUACCCUCCAUCAAGCUUUAUCCGCUAUCCAUAUUACAUUUGAAGGGCGACUUCUUGAUACCUAACGAUUUUAUGGUCUACCAUAUUCGCUCGUAUUUCCAUAGCUGGGAGACUCCCUUGUAAUGAGUUUGUUUGAGCGUUGCUAUUUCCUCAUCGUUUAUUCUCAAUCUCCCAAAAAUUGGUAGUCAAAGCAUUCAAUACAUUGAACCUAAAUUAUUUAUACCCAACUUGGAAGUUCUAUCGCUUGUAUGAAUGAUAUUUCAUUCCAUC